AUCGACAAAAGUAUAAAUUGCACACAUCCAUCCGGCCACUUCUUCCAUUCCCCUCUCUUUCUCGAUAGCUGCACACCUCACCACCACCGACUGCCAUCUCGACGAUCAGGUUUGCCUCCGGCUCCUUCUUCGCUUACUUCUCCUCCUUCUCCCUGCGCAUAGACAUCCUUGUAAACUACACAGCUGUUCCUCCCUUGCAUACACCCUAUCUGUCCCAUCCGCCAUGCCCUCCAUCCUCAAGACCACUGAGCUGCCAAUGGCCAAGGAUUUCUCCUCAUUCCUCUCGAUCGAAGGAGCUUCUCGCAAGAAGAGUCCUUUCAAUGGCCUUCUGCGCCUCAUGGGAGGCGACAUAGUUUCCCUUGGUAGCGGCCUGCCUCAUCCAUCAACCUUCCCAUUCUACUCCCUGUCCGCUGAAGUCAAGAGGAUAGAUCCCGCCAUCAAGGCCACCAAACCCAUUGCCACCGGUGCAAAAAGCCAGGCCAUGGUUGAUCUUGUUACUGUCCCUCAUGGGCCCCAGCCCGGCAAAGUUGAGAGUCUGACUGACUCUCUCCAGUAUGGUCUCGGCUCAGGCAUCGAGUCACUGCGCAUGUUCUGUAAGGAGCAUGUUAAUCAAAUGCAUCGUCCCCAAUACCAAGACUGGGAUGUCGUGCUCUCGGCCGGAAAUACAGACGCCUUUGCAAAGGCUAUUUCGAUGCUCUGCAACCGUGGGGACAGGGUCCUAGUCGAAGAAUGGACCUACCCUGCAGCCCUGGAGAUGAUGGAGCCUCUGGGAGUUGGUCAUGUCCCCGUGAAGAUGGAUGGCGAGGGUAUGUCCGCUGUGGCAUUGAAGGAUCUCUUAGACAACUGGGGUUCGACACCAGAGCAGGCUAGCGAGGCCAAGCCCCGAGUUGUCUAUCUGAUCCCCACCGGACAGAACCCUACAGGUGCAACCAUGUCGAUCCAGAGGAGACGGGAUAUCAUCCAAGUAGCACAGCAGCAUAACCUGAUCUUGAUUGAAGAUGACCCAUACUACUACCUCCAGUUUGGAGGUGAUGACGAGAAGAGUGGAAACGACACCGACGGCAGUGAAUCUGGAUGGAUGCCUUCGUUGCCCUCGUUGCUGUCGUUAGAUACAGAUGCUCGUGUCAUCCGCCUGGAUACAUUCUCAAAGACCUUGGCACCUGGAUGCCGUGUGGGAUACAUGUCGGCGAACGCUCAAUUCUGCGCCAUUGUCCAAUACCACAACGAAGUGAGCACGCAGCAGCCCAGUGGGUUCUCACAGGCAAUUCUCGCCGAGAUGUUGAUCUCUCACUGGGGUCAGAAGGGUUAUAUCCGGUACCUGUGCGAGAAUGUCCGCACAGAGUACCUGAAGCGAUCUCAGCACCUGCAAGCGUGCUACCGGAAGCAUGUGAACCCUCGAUUGGCCAGCUUUAUCAAGCCUUCGGCUGGAAUGUUCAUCUGGAUCAAGAUCCAUGUGGAGCACCAUCCCAAGUAUGGAACCGUGUCGGACUCGGCGCUGAUGUUGGAACUGUUCAAAAAGUGCGUGGGGAACAAUGUUUUGAUGGUGCCUGGCUGGCAGUUCAGCUGCAAGCCCAAGCCUGCAGACAUUGACCCUGCAGAUUUGUUGAACGUGUGGCUCGAUGACCGCGCCACAUACUUUAGAGCUACCUUUGCGUAUGCGAGCUUUGAGCAGAUGGAUCAAGCCAUGGUCCGCUUUGGCGAGUCUCUCAACGAGGUCUUUGGUGUAUAGAUAUCCAUCCUGUAAUAUAAAAUAUAAA